AUGGUUUUUGUGAGAUACCGCCAAAUGCGUUCCAUCUUCUACCAACAAGACAUGGGAUACCUCUUUUGUUGGAACGCAGUUGGCAAAUGGCUUGGAUAUCUAUCUGCUAUUGGUCUCUUUGUAGUAACCAACGUAGAGAAGACUCAUAUCAUCCCAAUUCACAUGCCCGCUGCUCUCGUGAUAAUUGGAGGAUUCCUUAUCUACAUGAUCUUCCAGUGCUACUUCACCUACAUCAUCUCCCCGCAAAUCACCCAGGAGAACCGCGACUUCUUCAUCGACUGCUACAGUUAUCGCGUCUAG